ACUUGCUGAAUAAGUAGAGAACCUGAAUAGAUGGCCUCAUCACCCAUGAGUGUGCAUGAUCCAAUGGGAAAUUCCCACAACAGAGGAAGGACAAAAAAGAAGCAAAUAAUUGAAAAGGAAGGUGCAAGCACCUUUAACUCCAGAGAUGAAAAUGAUGGUGCUGAAGAGAUAGAUGAUGGAGGAUUAAGGGAUUUUCAGAAAUCAAAAUUGAAGAGGGAGGAAGAAGUGAAAAACUUAACAGAUGUGAUUAAACCAAAGUUAGAAGUCAGAAAGGGAGGAUAUGUAGAAGAAGAAAGGAGUGACCAAACAGUGCAUGGCACUAGCAACGGUAAGCCUUCUAGUGAUCAAUGCCAAAGUAUGUUGAAUGCUGCUGUAGAAGCUCAGCAAAGAAAUCUGCAUAAAAAUCAUGCUUCAACUCAAGAUACUGUAUCAAGUGAUGAUGGAAGGGAUCCAGGAAGUACAUUUGAUGAUGGCCAUGAACAACAAAGUGGUUUAAACCAAGCUAAUGGGACAUGUGAUGUUGCUGAUGGUGCAGAUCAUAGUAUUCAUGACCUUGAAUUGAGAGAGUCUUAUACACCAAACUCUCUAGGUCAAGGUACUGGGUCCUUUCCUACUUGUCAAGACAAACCUGAUACUAACCCUAGUACAAAUACAAAUUGUGGUAAUGAAGGAGCUGAAAGCAUCAGGAAAAAUCCAGCUCAGCGGAGGAAUAUAAGAAGUACAUCUGAUGAUAGCCAUGAACAACAAAGUGGUUUAAACCAAGCUAAUGGGACAUGUGAUGUUGCUGAUGGUGCAGAUCGUAGUAUUCAUGACCUUGAAUUGAGAGAGUCUUAUACACCAAACUCUCUAGGUCAAGGUACUGGGUCCUUUACUUCUUGUCAAAACAAACCUGAUACUAACCCUAGUACAAAUACAAAUUGUGAGAAUGAAGCAGCUGAAAGCAUCAGGAAAACUCCAGCUCAGCGGAAAACUCCUGAGGAACAGAAUGAUUAUUCUCGUACUUCAUCUGUACCUCCAACACCUCAGUCAAAGAUAGAAUCUAGAACUCCUGAAACUGUGCAGAUAGUUCCUGGUGCAAACCCGAAAGGAUUGGGGGAAGAUGGAAAGGAAAAGAAGGUUUUUGAGAAAAAAGAGGAAGGAAAUGUUGCAGCUCAACAGUCUACAGGUCAUGAGCAGUUGAAAAUGUUGGAAGUGAUAAAAGAAGAUUCUGAACUUUUGGAGAAGCUCUCUAAAUAUUUGGAUCAUGAGAUGAGAGUAAUAAGGUGUUGGAAGCAUCUGGCCCAUGUUUUGGGUGUUCCUUCAGAUGAAACCAGGGAGUUUGAAAUGUACUCCGAGCACAGUCCCACAGAGGAUUUAUUUGUCUAUCUCACUCAAGUCUGGCGUCCUGAAUUAGAAGUCAAGGAACUCAAGCAGAAACUCCAGAAAAUUCAUCGCAAUGAUUUGAUUGAAAGCUUGAACACAGGGCUUUUCAAAGAUAAUAUGAAGGUGGGUCAUCUCAUCUCUGGUGAAACAAAGUUCAUUAAGUUAUUGUCACCAAAACUUGAUAUAAACUCAAGAACCAUUGGAAACUGGAGAUCUUUGGCAUCAGAGUUUGGUAUCACAAAACAAGUGGCAGAGAAAUUUGGAUUACGUGGUUCAGGUCCUUCAGCAGCGCUGUUUCGGUACAUUGCCUCAACAGAGAAGCUCCGUGAUUUGACUAUGUUGAAGCUGCACGACCAUUUUGAAGGCAUGGGGAGAAAAGAUCUGGUGAAUUUAUUGAAAAAAGAGUUUGAAAAUAAAAGCAUUGAAGGGAGUAUGUUUGUUAGAGAUGUGGUCGUAGAUGAGUCACCGCUCUUAACAGAAAUAGGAGACCGUCUUAACAAAGAUAUCCGAGCAAUCAAGAACUGGCGUAAUUUGGCAUACAGAUUGAAAAUUCCCCCUGAGACUUAUAAAGCAUUUGACAGUUCUAAAGCUGAAGCAAAGAGCCCUACUAAGAUGAUGUUUGCGUGGCUUGCUCGAUGGAAGCCAAAUCUAAGUGUGGGUGAUUUGCUGGAAGGCAUCAAGAAAAUUGAUCGCUAUGAUGUGGUGGAGCUUGUUACAAAAGAGGCUGAAAUAGUUUUUCAGAAAAAAGAGCAUGAAAAUGCUGCAGUUCAACAGUCUACAGCAAAGCAACUCAGUGAUCUAGAGCAAAUGCACUUAGAAAAGGACAGGGAGAAGUACAUAUUUUCAAAUCUGGAGAAGAAUGCUGACGUAAAGGGUUUUAUAGUUCGAGGCAACUGUGGAGGAGGAAACUGCAUGUUUCAUGCCCUGUCCAGGCAAUUGGAAAUUAAACUGGGACGCAAAAUCUCUCAUGGUGAUUUGAGGAAAGAGAUUGUCGACUAUCUUGAAAAUCAUCGUGUUCUGGUGAGGAAAGCUAUAGGAGGAAACUUCCAAUCGUCAUUUGAAAACCGACCGUUUUCAACAAAAUCGGAGUAUGGACAGCUUUCCUUCGGUUCAACAUACCAGCAACAUCAGCAAUGCUAUCAGCAAGGACUGGCCUUAAAUCAACCAGAGGAAACUUGUAGAUCUCCAGGACCGUUUCAAUCACAGAGAAACUAUCUAUCAAACGGAUCCUUUAUUUCAUCAGGAUCACAGGGCCUGGGGAUCUGUCAGAACUCGCAGACAAAACGAGUGCCCUUCUUUGAGGAGGAAAGACUUGCAAUAAAAGUGAGGCAGUUGCCAGUUAGAGUUUACUGCAAGAUUUGCAUGAAGCUGAGCGUCAAACGGAAUAUAACUUUUGACGAUUUUCGUAUGGUGGCUGAAAAGCUUGGCGUGGAUAGGGACACCAUGGAAUUUUUAGGCCAACAAAGUAACCCAGCUGAUGUUAUGUUCACCCAAUUUGGACGAAAUUUGCAGGUAAAUGGGCUGAUCAGAAUUCUUCAAGAAAUGGAGCGGUUUGAUAUUGCAGCUGUUUUGGAGGAUUGGGUCGUAACAGGAAAUUUCAAUCAGUCCUAAGGCCUGACUAACAUCAGAAUUUUUAUUCUGUAAAUUUUAAGAGUUAUUGUUUUCGCUACAAAGAUGUAAAAGAAAGACGUUCACCAAACAAGAACUUAAGUGAUCUCUUCCAGGUAUUGGUUAAGAGUUUACUGAGUUAAGACAAAAUCAACGAAAUUGAAACAAUACCCAACUGGUAGAUCUGUCGAUAAAAGCUGCGUCAAACUAAAGAUCGGAAGCGACAAGAAACUUAAAGCACUUCUGGUGUCACAGGUCUGCAUGGUAAUCAAACCCUGGCCAUUGCAGAUUGCCCCACACCAAAAAUCGAAUCGAAGAGAAAGGUUGAGGAAGACGAGUGGCUAUGUUUGUUACGUUUUCUCCUCUCUUUUCUUAUUUCUCUUUAUAUCACAGGUAAACGAGCCGAACGUAGGAAAUGGCCCUUGCAAUGCGAAGUUGUGAGAUUUGAAGGCAGACUUCCGGCGCUCGGUAAAAUGCGCCAAAUUUCAAACAGCGUAGAAAAAGGACGUAUAUUAGUAUGAGCAGACACGCAUAGCUUAAUAGUUUGAAAUUUGGCGAUCGUCGUCUGAAGGUUCGUUGGACGUAGAACUGUCUCAUGACAUGGUGUAGUUACAUUCAUGCUUGACUAGGAAUUUUCCUGAACUCCUAGCUUGGCAGUAUAAGAAGUGGAGUAGUAUAAAAUGAAUUGUAUGGUUAUUUAGACUAUUAGACUUCUUCAAUGUGUUAGCACUUUCGUGAUACCAAACAGUUCAAGCGAAUUUCCAAACGUUUGGUAUAAUCGGAGAAAAAAAUUUAUUAGAAAAGUUUUUAAGUUUCUCCAUGAUAUACAAUUUGUGUCUAUAUCUGCAUCCUUGUCCAUGUAGGUUCUUUUUCAGUUUUUGCAAACCUAUUUAGUGUUUAUCUACGUCAGUAAGAUGUUAUUAGAAGGUGUCGUUCAGUUUUAAGGCAAUGUUUUACUAUCGAAUGGAAAACUGACUCAAAAUAUUGCGAGGCAGACAGCAUGACCAAUUACUUUCCAGGUAUUGGUUUAUCACGCAGGCUAAUCUUGAAGUAGCUCCUUUUAUAAUGAAAUAUGCGUAGGUUUUUCAUUACUACUUGCUCAGUGUUUUUUGUUGUUGUUGUUUUUCUUUUCGUUUUUGAUUUUGUUAUUUUAUUUAAACGACAAGUGACAUUCUGGAGGACAGAUCAUUACUAAAUGAAGCCGAUGUAUUAAAUAGUCUCUGUAUUUAAUUGGAAGUCGAUGGGUAGAGUUUGUGAAAGUCGUGCCCCCACUUAUUGGAUCGCCACACGGCUGAUCUACAGCCCAGCGACUGAGAACGUGAAAAAUAGCUUAGCUAAUUAUUGUGUUUUUAAGAAACAAAAAAAGGUUUAGGUGAACUGAGUAGGCAUAGAAAAAUUACAAUGGUAAUAAGAGACUGAACGAUUUUGUAAUUAAACCAUCAAUGAACUGAUA